GACUUAGACUCUUUAACUCACGACUGUCGUCCCAACGUGAAUCUUGGCUGUCGACUCUACUCAGCGUUGUCAAAUGCGAACGAGAAUCAGGAGAGCAGAGCCUGUCAUCAACCAGUUCAAGUAUCUGCUGUGCCAACCCUCCUCCGAAGCUUCCCGCGCCUACUCUCCGGGCUAAGGACUACGAAACAAGGCGAGAUGCGGCAUGCUUGCUGAGCAUAAGCCUGUACCGCCGGUUCCUGCACCGCAGAUAGAGGCAGCGAUGGAGACCAUCGUCGGAGAAGCGCUAGCGGCUGAAACAUCACCGCAUUCCGCGAAUCCAGCCAGAAGGAAGGACGCGCACGUCACAGAAGGCAAACUGUGUACUUUGCCACUGGAGAUUUUUGAGAAGAUCCUUUCCCAUCUUCCCUUUCCGCAAUGCGCACGAGCACUGCUGACGCUGCGUUGUACAUGCCGAUCACUCCAAGCAAUCAGCACACAGGCUCCCCUCUGGCGCAGGGUGAUCGAAGCUGCUCACUCCAGCGGCACCACUCUGCCAAGUCUGCCUCGAAAUUCUGAGAUCAAACAUAGCGAAAGCGCAGAAGAGCUGGAAUGGUGCGCUCUGUACGGGCUUUCCAACACCCCCGACGCGCGCAGAAUUCCUUGGAACUACUCUCUCAGAGCUCAUGCCGAUCGCAUCACUUGUCUCAAGCUUGUGGCAGGACCAAGUCGAAGAGCUCGGAAGAGAAGGCGAACAUGCGAGACACCCCAUGAGGCCUCGAGCGCCUCCUACACGGUCGAGGGCAUUCGUGGCAGGUACCGCAGACAAGCUUGGCUUAUCACUGGUGCCAUCGAUGGCUGGGUCAGGGUUUGGGACAUCGGUCGGAUGAUUGAAGAAGAGCAAGGCAAGUGUAGGAUGAAGGCCAGGGAGGAUAGUAUCAGCCCCGGGCCGCCAUCAGAUGCCGCCGCUGAGUCGCCGGCCUCGCUUAGCGACCAGCUAGACUUGAUGAGCUUGGAGUCUCAGAGGACCGGUUCGACAACGCCAGUACACUCCAAGCCCCCGGUAUUCGGGGGUGAUCCUCUACCUCUACUUACCCCUCGGAGAAGGGCAGGUGGCAGCGCAAACGGCGCUCUAGAGUCGCACGCGAGGCUUGCUGGAAGGGAGUAUCUUGUAUGCAGCAUAUGCACCGCUGCUGACGUGACGGCCCUGGACGCUGAACUCGUGCAUACCUUCCGAGAUGGGACUGGGCAGGGAGAGCGCACAAAGCUGCGAAUAGCGUGCGGUAGCUAUUACAGUGACGCAGCUGUGACGUUAUACGAGCUGGAGCUUCCGGAGGAGGAAGAGGAAGCAGCGUCAGAGACAUCUCGGGAAAGGCGUGGCUGCGCUCGUGAUGCCACGCUGGUCUCUACCCUUUCUCCGAGCGCGUGGUGCGGCGUCCAAUGCCUUGUGCUUCGAGGGUCACUCAUUGCAGUCGGCACCUACACCGGCCUGGUACACCUUUGGCAGACUGGCAUCGAUCCCUCCUCAUCUACGUCGCCAAAGAUAGCUACUGCGGACAAGGCCAAAGAAUGGAAGCAUGUGAUCGAAAGACCAGAGCGGAAAAGCGUCGCUGUCCUCCGGCUGGAACUCGGCAAGCGAGAUGAUGGCACCUUUCCUUGCUUGCUGCUGGUCACUCGGACAGGCGAACUAGAAUGGUGGACGCUUCCGCUUCCAGAGACCGCAGGUGAAAUGCGACAGCACAUGCCGCUGUCGACACAAUCCAUCCUGCAAGCGGACAGGAAUGAUGGCGCGACGAGCGAUUCGCUCGAGUCGUUCGCACCGGUACGCAGUGGCCCUCACUCUACCUCACGAAGCAGCAAGGAUGUGGCAGUGGAGCAAGGGCGAGAAUCCGACCCCGAGCCUCAAAUGUUGUCCAGGUUCUCGCUCGGCGACGGGUUGACACCGAUGCUGGGGCUCGGCUUCUCGGAGCCUGACGAUGGCGUCGCCGGCCGACUGGCGAGAAGCAAGAGGCCUGGGCAGGACCGGCGCCUCAGCUUGAUGCUCGGCGACAUGACUGGCGUCUCCCAUUGGCAGUUCUCGCUUCCAAAAGAAAGUACGUCGGAUUGGGAGAUGCGAUUGCCUUACAUUUCAGAGCCAGUCCGCGUGGGGCGGAGAGAAGUGGUUAAUGAACGCCCCAUAGGACUAGCCCUCGGUCAAUCUGGCGAUAGGGCUAUCUUUCACUCCAGUCUCGGCGGCGUGCCACCUUUGUGCUGUGUACGCCUCUACCACACUGAUCGGUCCGACAUGGCCAUCAUAAGUCCGUUUGAAGGCUUGGCCGACAAGAGCUCGCUGCCUUGGCAAGCUGGAAUGAGAAGAGGUGCCACUGGUGCAGAACGGCUACCCAGCGCAGCUGGCAGCGCUCCAUUGCCAAGUCCGACGUCGACAAAUCUGUCGGUGGACACCGAAUCGGAAGAGCCCAGCACGCCCAGCGCAUCGGCCGGUCCCACAUCAUCCUCCAAUUUGUCUUCUGCUCUCGCAGGUCUCAGAGGCAGGCAACGUCCAGCAGUGGGCGGCUCGACGAUGAGAAUGUUCGAAGCUCCUCCAGAAGAUUCCGGCUCGGCUUCCAAGUCGGGCUUGCAGAUCGACACGAACGCAGCCGAGUCUGAACAAGCAGCGGUGUCGACGUCGACGUUCACGUCCAAUGCACCUGCUCAUCAACAUGGUAUCAAAAGAGCCGACAUCCUGACCGAGGCUGCUUAUGCUGAGAGUCUUGGCAUCACCAUCUUUGCUACCGCAAGAGGUUACCUGCACAUCACGGAUUGGUGCACCAGCGCCCACGCGUAAUUCUCACAUUCGCGACGCAGAGGGAUGCAUCGUCGAUGACACUCUUCAUGAAUUGCAACCCUGCCCUUGCCUACUUAGCAACAGCCUCUCGCAUGUUAAAAUUUUGGAGCUCUAUCCUGUCGAAGCUACAAAAUGCUCAUCCGGUCAAGUCUAGGCGAUCUUCCAAUUGAGCCUCUCGCUCCAUCCGGUCUGCAGCAGAUUGGCGAGCUCGGCGACAUCUUUGUCACCGCGGCCGGAGAGGGAAACGACGAUAUCGUCGUCCUUUCCAAACCUUUUGGCCAGGUCGAAAGCCUUGAUGAGCGCAUGAGAAGUUUCGAGAGCGGGCAGAAUACCCUCGAGCUGAGCCAGCAAUCU